UUCUUUCUCUCUCUAGGAAAGAUUAGAAAGGAUUUUUUCUGGUUUUUUUUUUUUGCUGUUUUUUUUUGCUUACUUUGCAGGCUCUCUCUCUCUGCAAUCCUUUAAAAGUAUAAAUCUACUGUACUUUUCCUCCCUAUCUUUCCCUCUGAGCAAGUCUCUCUCUCUAAGCAAUAUUAGAAGAGACUUUUUCUACUUUUUUUUUCUUUGACGCCUCCAUAGACGGAGACCCACCUCACAGUAUUUCGAUUUAUCUUCAAUUCCUGAAAAUCUUCUUUCUCUCUAAAAGAUUAGGACUUUUUCUACUUUUUUUCGCCUCCUUCUUAGACCCACCUCAAAAGUCUCUCUCUCUCUACACAAUUCCUUAAAACUUAAUUCCACGCUACUUUUCAUCGCUGAAAUUCCUUAAAUCCUCUACCAUCUACUCUACUUUCCCCUCUCUCUCUCUGCAAGUCUCUCUCUGCAACUCCAUGAAGAUUUGAUUUUUACAGCACCCACCAUUAGAACCGAUUCAUUAUUGCAGAUCUCUGCAACUUAGGACCAUCCACUCAUGGAGCCAUUUCCAGGUAAGGUCAGCUCUCACCUACCCCUACUCGCAGAUCACUUCGAAAGACUCCCUGACUCAGUGCUCCUCCUUAUAUUUAACAAGGUUCAGGAUAUCAAAUCCUUAGGGCUCUGCCUUUCUGUUUCCAAAAGGUUUUUCUCUCUCAUCCCCAUGGUUGAAGAUAUUUUGAUCAAAGUAGACUGUGUAAUCACUGAUGAUGAAGAUCCAAUAAACUCUAGAACCCGAGGCUUUCUCUCUCAUCUCCUCAAAAUGGUGAUGGGCUCUUUUGUUAAGUCCCUCGAAGCCUUUCAUAAGCUUGUAACGCCUCAAAAGAUUAGGGUUUCAGAAGUCACCCACCAUUCUCCAGUUGAGGUUUUGAAGAGUUUCUCAAGCAUUAGGACCCUGAAAAUCCAACUCCCUAAUGGCGAGCUAGGGUUUGGAGAUGGGGUUCUCCUCAAAUGGAGAGCUGAAUUUGGGACCAGUCUAGAGAGCUGCGUAAUUUUAGGGGCUUCCAGUGUUAUCGAGCCAGGUUUUGUGAGAGAGAAAACUAGGGUUUCUGAUGAUCUUGAUAUGGCCUUUUACGGAGAAGAUGAAUCAGGCACCAUACCAGAGAGCUUCUAUAUUAAUGGAGGUCUCAAACUUAGGGUGGUUUGGACCAUUAGCUCUUUAAUUGCUGCUUCAGCUAGGCAUUUUGUUCUUCAACAAAUAAUUUCAGAGCACCCAGGCUUAGAGAGACUGACUGUAACCGAUUGUGAUAAUCAAGGAAUUCUUUCUAUGAAUUCAGGGCAAUUGAGUGAAAUUAGGGUUAAACCCAUUUCAGCCUCUGCAAGUGCUAAUAGAACCCAAGUUCCAGCUUUGAGCAUGAAGCUCUGGUAUGCUCCGUAUAUCGAGCUUCCUAACGGUAUGGGUUUUAAAGGAGCUACUUUGGUUUUUAUAAGGCCGAGUGAUAGACCAAUGGGGAAAGAGGAGGCUGAUCAAUUUGUGUCCAUGGCUUUUGAUGGAGCUUAUGGGGAGGUGGCUAGACUAUUGGUGAAGAGGAAGACUUACAUUUUGGAGAUGAAUUCUUUCUAGAAGUGGGUUUUUAGAGAGAGAAAAAUGGGUUCUUAGAUAGAGAGAACCAAGGUGUUUCUAGAGAGAGAAACAGGGGAUUGGAUGGUGAUUGUACAGAGGGUGGUUAGAGUUGGAAUGGGGUGUCGUUGUUUUUGUUGUGGGCUUGAGUUACAGAGUUUAUGAGUUAGUUUUAUGUAAAAGUUGUACAGUUUUUUGUUUUUCUUCUUCUUUUCCCUUAUGUUCUCCAAAGGGAACUGAUGAUGUAGCUGCUUGCAUUAUCCUUACUUUUAAUGGAAAGAUAAAGUUUUGCACCUUGUUUC